UUGUCACCGGGUGUCUUGUGGUGUCUGGGUGUGGCUGAGUUUAGGUGUGUGUUACAGAGGGCAGACCGUUUUGUGUGACACAAUCUAUUGUGUGCCAGUAUGUGUCUUCAUCCACGUGGAUGCACGCCUCUUCCUUGCUCUGCCCCAAGACACACCCCAGUCCCUCCUCAGGCUGCGAAGGGUGGUUGGGGAGCCUUCCCUCUGCCCAAGGGCCAUGCCGGCCCCUCCCUGCCCUGCCCAGCCGUCACCACCCCCAGAGGGCACAGACUCCUCUGUGCCUCAAAGCAAGAGCCCCAGAGCGAGGAGCAGAGCAGGCCGAGGACCUGCAAGCCACAGUGGCUGCCCUUUGUGUGCUGCGAGGUGGGGGACCCUGGGCAGGAAGCUGGCUGAGCCCCAAGACCGCAGGGGCCAUGGGCGGGGAGCUGGUGCCAGGCCUGGGGGCCCUACAGCGGCGAAAGCGGCUGCUGGAGCAGGAGAAGUGGCUGGCUGGCUGGGCGCUAGCGCUGGCGGGAGUUGGCAUUGGACUCAUGGUGCUGCACGCGGAGAUGCUGUGGUUCGGAGGGUGCCCGUGGGCGCUCUACCUGUUCCUGGUUAAAUGCACCAUCAGCAUUUCCACCUUCUUGCUCCUUUGUCUUAUCGUGGCAUUUCACGCCAAAGAGGUCCAGUUGUUCAUGACCGACAACGGGCUCCGGGACUGGCGCGUGGCGCUGACCGGGCGGCAGGCGGCGCAGAUCGUGCUGGAGCUGGCUGUGUGCGCGCUGCAUCCCGCGCCGGUGCAGGGUCCGCCGUGCGCCCAGGGUUUGGGGUCCGGGCCCACGGCGGCGGCAACGCAGUCCUGGCCGGGCUUCCUGGAUGAGGGCGAGGCGCUGCUGUCGCUGGCCAUGCUGCUGCGCCUCUACCUGGUGCCCCGCGCGGUCCUCCUGCGCAGCGGCGUCUUGCUCAACGCGUCCUACCGCAGCAUCGGCGCCCUCAACCAGGUCCGCUUCCGCCACUGGUUCGUGGCCAAGCUGUACAUGAACACGCACCCCGGUCGCCUGCUGCUCUGCCUCACGCUUGGCCUCUGGCUCACCACCGCCUGGGUGCUGUCGGUGGCUGAGAGGCAGGCCGUUAAUGCCACCGGACACCUUUCAGACACACUGUGGCUGAUCCCCAUCACAUUCCUGACCAUUGGCUAUGGAGACGUGGUGCCAGGCACCAUGUGGGGCAAGAUUGUUUGUCUCUGCACUGGAGUCAUGGGGGUUUGCUGCACAGCCCUGCUGGUGGCCGUGGUGGCCCGGAAGCUGGAGUUUAAUAAGGCAGAGAAGCACGUGCACAACUUCAUGAUGGACAUCCAGUACGCCAAAGAGAUGAAGGAAUCAGCUGCCCGAGUGCUGCAAGAGGCCUGGAUGUUUUACAAACACACACGCAGGAAGGAGCGCGGGGCUGCCCGCAGGCACCAGCGCAGGCUGCUGGCUGCCAUCAACAGGUUCCGCCAGGUACGACUGAAACACAGAAAGCUCCGGGAACAAGUGAACUCCAUGGUGGACAUCUCCAAGAUGCACAUGAUCCUGUGUGACUUGCAGCUGGGUCUGAGCAGCUCACAUCAGGCCCUGGAGAAGCGGAUGGACGCCCUGGCAGGGAAGCUGGACACGCUGACUGAGCUGCUUAGCACUGCCCUGGGGUCGAGGCAGCUUCCAGAACCAAGCCAGGAGGCCACGUAGCUGGACCCAUGGAGGAAGAACCAAGCUACUUUCCCCAGGAUUGAGGUGGAGGACACUGUCCCUGCUACUCCUGACUCAGCCCUAUGAAUAAAGCACCUCAAGUGCAAGGACCAAAGGGGCCCCACCUUAGGGUGGUCUCACUCACUGACUGAGGAGACACUGGCUCAAGGAGAAAGGCUGUGGCCACACACACCCAAACCCUUGCCCCAAAAGGGAAAUGGUCUCACUACUAUCCCACAUACCCUGGACAAAAACAUCCUUACUAUGCUGCUAUGGAUGACCUCCAGCUUUCAGUUAGAAGUGGAGGUGCCUGGGGGCUGAGACUCCUGGGUCCCAGAGGAGGAGGGGACUGGGGGCCCAGAGUCCAAGAUCCUGGGAUGCCUUAGUGACCACGGAAUUGCCGAGCUAAUGGAACCGGGCCUGAGGCUGAGGUGGCGGGAGGCAGCGCUCCCUGGCGGGAGGUCCAGGAGGACACAGUUUGCCGGAGCUGCAGAGAGUAUCUGGUGCAGAGAAGGGGGGUGGGGGGGUACAGCUCACCAGUCUCUGCUCUUAACUUUGUAAUAAAUGUUCAACAAAGCCAGAAGAAGCUGCUAUUUCUUUCUAAACAUAUGUACAUUCCCGACAGGCAGGUCAUCUAGCAUAAGGCCUUUGCCCUGUCCAUUUCCCAAUCUAUAAAGCAGACACCUACUCCAAGUCCCCCUCCCAGCUCCAUAGGCCACAACUAGGCCAUGAAGUCCUCAACAGCCCCCACCCCACAGAUCUAAGGCUAAGAGCAAGGGCUUCAAACCCAGGUUUUGGUUCAGGGUCCAAAGCCUAACUCUGCCAUCCACUGGCUGUGUGACUCUGGGCAAGUGGCUUCACCUCUCUGAACAAUUUACCUCACCUCUAAGAUGGGUCCACCUUCCCAUGGAACUGCUGUGAAGACGGCAACAGAGAGUGGCACAGAGGGUCGGGUAUUUAGCAAGAACCAAACACUCAAGAGACAGUUGAUCAUUUUUAUUAUUGCUAUUGAUUUUCAGACGCAACACGCAGCUGCUGUUUCUUCUGCUGCCCUCUCUCCCCCACUCAUUCUCACCAGAACCUAGAUGACUACUCACCCAUCAGGAGACUAACAAGAACCCCAAACCACCCCACAUACUUAUUUCAUUAUCCUCUACGACUCAGACAGGAAAAGGGAAGGGGCUGGCACUUCUGAAGGUCCUACUGUGUGCCCCGCUUCUGUAAUUCACCACAACGACUUCCCGCCCUGCCCCACCCCAUUGUAAAGAUGCAGAAACUGAGCUUUCAAGAGGAGCCCGGUCUAGAGCCCGGGAAUCUGGCUGCAGGCCCCUGAUUCACAGCCUGCCUGCCCUGGCGCUAAGCCCUCCUUCUACCCUGUCUGAGGUGAGUCAGAGACAGAGUGGCCUUGGACUGAGGCCUUCCAACUGAGGUUUCACUUCCCACAGCCACUUCAUUCUACUUUGAGAAGCUGAUUCACCCUUGCUUCCUUCGAUUUGCGGGGAAGCCCGGGCUUCGAGUCAUCCUUUUCUGCUGAGCUAUCUUUAGAUUUCCCUCCAAAUCCACAGCAAGCCUCAUGCGUCGGCCCUGAGAGCUAAACUGGGGCUUGCACCACCCAUUGCCACAGACUGCCCUUCCUCUGGACGCCAGCCCACCUGGGAGCAGAGGAGACAGGAACUAGAUGGGAUCUCUGAUGACAUUUCCAACACCCUCCCCCUGCAGGAAGCCCUCCUCGCAGUGUUGCCAAUCUCCUACCAAACUUAUUCCCCCUGGUCACACCCCACCGCCGCCGGCACACUCCUUU